AUGGUCAUUCUCGAGGCUUCGACCAGUUCAGACGAGGCCAACUGGCGCGCUUGCGUUGAGUAUGAGACCAAACGCGUGAGUGUAGGUAAUAUGGAAGUUCUAGUUCUUCAAAUGGAGGAGUUGCCAAUUGCCGCGUCGCUCUUUAUGCUGGCUGAAAUGGACGCCAACGUAACUGAGAUUUCUGGUACAAGGCUCUGGACGGGCUCGCACCAUCUUUCACGGUAUUUGUGCUUCUAUCCGGAACUCGUGUGUGGUAAACGCGUCCUGGAGCUGGGAGCCGGCACUGGCAUUUGUAGCAUCGUGUCGUCGAAGCUUGGAGCUGUGAGAUGUCUGGCCACUGAUGGUGACAAUGAAGUCGUGGAACUUUUAUCUAGAAAUGUGCAAUUAAACGAUAUGGAAAACAUUGUAAUUGCUCGCUCGCUGUUCUGGGACGAUGAAACGUCGGCGCAGACGUUGUUAAAGGAGUUUCCCGAUGCUUUGUCAGAUGUCGACAUUGUGCUGGCUGGUGAUGUACUCUAUAAGACCGAGCUUCUACCACUGCUUUUUGCCACUGUAGUACGGGUGCUGACGUCGGACGAUGCAGUCGUGCGCGUCUUUGUUCUGUGCCAUAUUCCUCGUGCCGACGUGACGCAUGAACUCGUGCAAAGGGAAAUCGUCGCCUGGAAGCUCAAAUUUAAAAUAGUUGAAUUGCCGGCAAAAGAUGUUGCGGACGCUACCUCAGAACUCAAGGAGUGUCCAGUGGAAGAUGUGGAGCGAGCGAAGUUGUAUUACAUCACCAGGUAG